AUGUCGGACGAGGCCGUGAACGUCGUGCAGCGACAGCUCGAGGCGUACAACGCGCGUGACUUGGAGGCGUUCAUGGCCGUGAUGGCCGACGACGUGGUGGCCCUGGACACCGAGACGGGCGCCGUCAUCGCCUCGUCAUCCGCCGAGCUGCGGCCGCGGUACGCCAAGCGCUUCGAGACGCCCGUGCACUGCGAGCUCAUCGGGCGCCUCGCGUGCGGCGACACGGUGGUGGACCGCGAACGCAUAACUGGCCUGCCCGGCGGUGCGGCCGCGGACUGCAUGGCGGUGUACACGGUCAAGGGCGGCAAGAUACAGCGCAUGCAGCUGCUGUGGAAGGCGGCCGACUAG